AGGAAGGGGCCCGAGGGCAAGUACCCGCUGCACUACCUCGUGUGGCACAACCGCCACCGCGAGCUGGAGAAGGAGGUCCGCGCUGGCCAGGUGGACAUCGAGCAGCUGGAUCCCCGAGGCCGGACCCCCCUGCAUCUGGCCACCACACUGGGGCAUCUCGAGUGUGCCCGUGUGCUCCUGGCACAUGGUGCAGAUGUGGGCAGGGAGAAUCGCAGCGGCUGGACAGUGCUUCAGGAGGCUGUGAGUACCCGGGACUUGGAGCUGGUGCAGCUUGUGCUGAGAUACCGAGACUAUCAGAGGGUGGUGAAGCGGCUGGCGGGCAUUCCUGUGCUCCUGGAGAAACUGCGCAAGGCUCAGGAUUUCUACGUGGAGAUGAAAUGGGAGUUCACUAGUUGGGUGCCCCUGGUGUCCAAGAUCUGCCCUAGUGACACUUACAAAGUGUGGAAGAGCGGGCAGAACCUGCGGGUCGACACCACACUCCUGGGCUUUGACCACAUGACCUGGCAGCGAGGAAACCGCAGCUUUGUCUUCAAGGGCCAAGACACCAGUGCCAUUGUCAUGGAAAUUGACCAUGACCGCCGGGUGGUGUACACGGAGACACUGGCAUUGGCUGGGCAGGACCGUGAGCUGCUGUUGGCCGCUGCCCAGCCCACCGAGGAGCAGGUGCUGAGCCGGCUCACUGCACCGGUGGUCACCACACAGCUUGAUACCAAGAACAUCUCCUUUGAGAGGAAUAAGACUGGCAUCCUGGGCUGGCGCAGUGAGAAGACUGAGAUGGUGAAUGGGUACGAAGCUAAGGUGUAUGGGGCAUCCAAUGUGGAACUCAUUACCAGGACCCGGACAGAGCAUCUUUCUGAACAGCACAAGGGCAAGGUCAAAGGUUGUAAGACCCCUCUGCAGUCUUUCCUUGGAAUUGCUGAGCAGCACGGGGCCCCGCAAAAUGGGACCCUGGUCACUCAGACUCUGAGCCAAGCCAAUCCCACUGCCAUCACUGCAGAAGAAUACUUCAACCCCAGCUUUGAGCUUGGCAACCGGGACAUGGGCCGCCCCAUGGAACUGACCACCAAGACGCAAAAGUUCAAGGCCAAGCUGUGGCUGUGUGAGGAGCAUCCCCUGUCCCUGUGUGAGCAGGUGGCUCCCAUCAUUGACCUCAUGGCUGUCAGCAAUGCACUUUUUGCCAAACUCCGGGACUUCAUCACCCUGCGCCUGCCUCCUGGCUUCCCUGUCAAGAUUGAAAUCCCAAUCUUCCACAUCCUCAAUGCCCGCAUCACCUUCGGGAACCUCAACGGCUGUGAUGAGCCCGUGCCGUCCGUGCGAGGCAGCCCCAGCAGCGAGACCCCUUCCCCAGGCAGUGACUCCUCUAGUGUCAGCAGCUCCAGUUCCACAACCUCCUGCCGUGGCUGCGAGAUCUCCCCAGCAUUAUUUGAGGCCCCACGAGGCUACAGUGUGCUGGGUGGCCAGCGGGAGGCCGUGGCCCGAGACGACGAUGAUGACCUAUUGCAGUUUGCCAUUCAGCAGAGCCUGCUGGAGGCAGGCAGCGAGUAUGACCAGGUGACCAUAUGGGAGGCGCUAACCAACAGCAAGCCAGGUACCCACCCUAUGUCCUACGAGGGUCGACAGCAGGACAGGAGCACGCCACCCACACCGCAGCGCCAGCCUGCGCCCCCAGUGGCCCCCACAUCGGUCCCCAGCCCUCGGCCAAGUCCUGGCUCUCGCCGUGGCAGCCACAUGUUCCGGAGCUAUGAUGAGCAGCUACGCUUGGCCAUGGAGCUGUCAGCUCAGGAGCAGGAGGAACGGCGGCGGCGCGCACGCCUGGAGGAGGAGGAGCUGGAGCGCAUCCUGCGGCUCUCACUGACCGAACAGUAG